AAACAUCAUCAUUCGAAGCAGCUGUGUCAGGAGCAUCGUCCUGGCUUUCUGGAACGCCUGAUGGCCUCGCUGGACAACAUGUGCAAGUGCCAGCCUCAGCAUGCUCACAGCAUCAUYGACGAUCUGCCCUCGCCGAAGUGGAACAAAAAGGCCGCCGCUCGACACACUUGCAUCGGCAUMUAUCCCUUUGAGCACGGCUGCGCCGACUACUUGAGCACCACGGAUACGCAUCCCAAGAUUAAUUCAAUUGUCCUGGCAGAUCGAGCCACGACAUAUGCCACACACUUUUGGGCCGAGUUCUUUGGACUGCUGCACAUUGCCGUCGCCUUCGUGGUGUCCUUUCUGCUGCAAUCCUACCGAUUCCUGCUCUACUCUCUGGUCAACACUCUGAUUGUGGGUCUUCUCCACACGACCUCCGAUUAUUUGGUCAAGCCCUUCUUGACGGUGAUCUUCAAUGGUUUCCUCCAGCCGCCGAUGAUAUUUUUGUAUAAUAUCAUGUGCUCACUGCGCGAUAUAUUAGAACCCCUCGCCGAGACAUUGGCUCACUUUAUCAAGCCAUUGGCCACGCUGGGCUCCAGCCUGAGGCUGAUCCAUGUCAACUAUCGCAAUGUGCGUCGCUUUAGCAAGGAUGUGUGAGCCGUUUCUUCAUCUGUUU